AUGGCUCCUCGCGGGAGGAAGCGUAAGGCGGACGUGACGGCGGACGGGGAAGUCGAAAAGCCGAAGAAGCUGGCCCAGGGUGGCGAUGCGGGAGCAGGAGAGUCCCGCGUGGUCAUUGAGCACUGCAGCUGACGCGUGUACGCGCGCCACUCAGCGGCCGUAGGCCAGGCGCUGGGUCUCGCCUCCCCGGGGUUGACCUUGCAGCUGAAUCCCGACAAGUUCGGCCGGAGUAGCUUCGGGUGA